UCAUUCUCUCUUUUCCGGGGCACUUUCUGAGCCUGUAUCCUCUCUGAUGAGCAAGUCAAUGUGUGGCUGUGGCUGCAGCUUCAUCUCGUCUCUGAUGAAGCGGCUGGGCCGCUCGGCCUGCUGCUCCGACCUCCUCUCCUGCAGCCAGACCUCUGAGCAUCUGCAGCAGCUGGCCACUGGCUGUCCCCCCAAGGUAACCAAUGCCAAGCCCUUCCCCUCCUCAGACAGCCUAGUGAAGGUGCAGGAGGUAGCAAGCUGGCUUUUGGAAAUGAACCAGGAUCUGCUGUCGGGGGGCAGCAGGCGGAGAGGGGGGCCGCGGCCACGGCAAGGGCAAGGGCCGGCCGGUCGAGGUAACGGCUCCUCGGCCCGCACAGCUGUGGCGGCGGCCUCGGGGGCGGCUUCCGCCCACCAGCCAGGACAGGAGGCGGAGGAGGAGGAGGAGAAUAUGAACCGCGUGCUGGAGGACGAACAGCAGCAGUCGUCAAGAGCAGCGGCCCGGCCGGCCCAAGAAGGAGACGAAGAAGAUGAGGGUGAGGAUGAGGAGGACGAGGAGGGUGAGGAAGAGGAAGAGGAGGAAGAAGAGGAAGAGGAAACGUGGCCCUCGGGAGAGGUGGGCAGUAGUCGGGGUGGUGGAGAGGGUGCGCCUCGCGGGCCGUGCGGGGAGGUGAACCGAGGAGAUGAGGCCGCCUCCUGGGCUCCGGAGCAGGGCAGGCGGCAGCAGCAGGACCAGGAUGAAGAGGAGGAGGAGGAGGAGGAGGAGGAGCAGAACAACAACAGUGGCAGUAGCACCGCACAACGGCAAGCUGGGCAGCACAGAGCACAGGAGGAAAGGACAGAACGGGAGGAGGAUGGAGGAAGGGAGGAUGAGAGAGAGGAGUACGGAGAUGAGGAGAUGGACCAGGACAGUGAUGAGUUUGAAAACUCAGAGGAGAGUGAGAGAGAGGAGGGGGAGGAGGAAGAGGAAGGGGAGGAACGCCUCCACUCUCCCUCCUUAAAGAACUGCUUAUCCGAGUCAAAUGACAACAUGGAUGCCUCAUCAGGAAGACCACACCAGAAUUCAGCCUCAAUCUACAAAAUGAUGAAGAGGAAGUUGGACCAUGGUCCCGAGGUCCGGUCGUUCCCUUCAGGAAAGAAGCCUUGCAAAGGGCCAGAGUACCUGAGUCCCUCAAGUAUAGUCCCGUACCCUACCACUCCCACAACGUUUGGAGACCUCCGAGCGGCCAAUGGCCAGGGCCAACAGCGUCGGCGCAGCGCCUCCAUACAGCCUCCCAGCGGCCUGCAGGAAUGGCUGCGCACCUUUCAGAGCUGGUCAGGUCCAGAGAAGCUGCUGGCAUUGGAUGAGCUGAUAGACAGCUGUGAGCCCACACAGGUGAAGCACAUGAUGCAGGUGAUCGAGCCGCAGUUUCAGCGUGACUUCAUCUCACUCCUGCCCAAAGAGUUGGCAUUGUAUGUGCUGUCAUUCCUGGAGCCAAGGGACCUGCUACAGGCAGCACAGACGUGCCGCUACUGGCGCAUCCUGGCUGAGGACAACCUGCUGUGGAGGGAGAAGUGCAGGGAGGACGGUAUUGAUGAGCCUCUGCACAUAAAACGGCGGCGAGUGAUCAAACCUGGAUUCGCUCACAGUCCCUGGAAGAGGGCCUACAUCAGGCAACACAGAAUCGACACCAACUGGAGGAGAGGAGACCUCAGGUCACCCAUGGUAUUGAAGGGGCACGACGAUCACGUGAUAACCUGCCUCCAGUUUUGCGGAAACCGCAUCGUCAGUGGAUCUGAUGACAACACGCUGAAAGUCUGGUCUGCACUCACUGGAAAGUGUUUGCGGACAUUGGUGGGUCACACGGGUGGUGUGUGGUCAUCCCAGAUGAGAGACAACAUCAUCAUCAGCGGGUCUACAGAUCGCACGCUGAAGGUGUGGAAUGCAGAGACGGGCGAAUGUGUCCACACACUUUACGGACACACCUCUACUGUCCGCUGCAUGCACCUGCACGAGAAAAGGGUGGUAAGCGGCUCUCGGGACGCCACGCUGCGUCUGUGGGACAUCGAGACGGGUCAAUGUUUACACGUGCUGAUGGGCCAUGUGGCGGCGGUGCGCUGCGUCCAGUACGAUGGGCGGCGGGUGGUGAGCGGUGCCUAUGACUUCAUGGUGAAGGUGUGGGACCCCGAGACAGAGACCUGCCUGCACACGCUGCAGGGACACACCAACCGCGUCUACUCGCUACAGUUUGACGGUGUCCAUGUGGUGAGCGGCUCUCUUGACACGUCCAUCCGCGUGUGGGACGUGGAGACGGGGAACUGCAUCCACACGCUCACCGGCCACCAGUCGCUCACCAGCGGCAUGGAGCUCAAGGACAACAUCCUGGUGUCUGGCAACGCAGACUCCACCGUCAAGAUCUGGGACAUCAAGACGGGCCAGUGCCUCCAGACGCUUCAAGGUCCCCACAAGCACCAGAGUGCCGUCACGUGCCUCCAGUUCAACAAGAACUUUGUGAUCACCAGCUCUGACGACGGCACGGUCAAGCUGUGGGACCUGAAGAACGGGGAGUUCAUCCGCAACCUGGUGACGCUGGAGAGUGGCGGCAGUGGCGGCGUGGUGUGGCGCAUCCGCGCCUCCAACACCACGCUGGUGUGUGCCGUGGGCAGCCGCAAUGGUACAGAGGAGACCAAGCUGCUGGUGUUGGACUUCAACGUUAACAUGAAGUGAUGUGGGUUUGAAAGGACACGGUGAGGGGAUAAUGCCAAGGAGGCCAGAAUGAGAGACGAUGAAGCUGUAAGUGGGUGAAAGAGGGAGUGGGGGUCGAUGUCUGGCUUCCUUUGUGAUGCUCCGGUUCAAGAUCCAUCGCUUGGUCUUUUAUGUAAACAGCCACCAGAAAUGCCCAUUUUACCACCCUCUCCGUUAAAAGCAGCGGUGGUGGAGUUACUUGUCACUGCAGUUUCUCCAUCAAUCCUCUCUCUCUCUCCAUGGCUGUAUGGGGAUUUGUCCGUUUUUUUUGGGAUCUCUGCACUGGGUGAAGAACAAGAGCGAGGAUGGAGGAAAAGACUGAAGUCCUAUGGCAUCUCCUCCCCCACCCUCCAGGAGAGUGUGUCUGUGUUUGUAUGUGUGUAUGUGUGUGUGUGUGUGUGUGUGUGUGUGUGUGUGUGUGUGUGUGUGUGUGUGUGUGUGUGUGUGUGUGUGUGUGUGUGUGUGUGUGUGUGUGUGUGUGUGUGUGUGUGUGUGUGUGUGUGUGUGUGUGUGUGUGUGUGUGUGGGGCAAGAGGUCAGCUCACUCGCAGUAUGACACAAAAAUGUCUGGUCUGGACCUGCCACAGCAGUGCUUACAAGCCGGGCUGUUUUUAGAUGGACCUCCACCUCACCUUCCUCGCAUGUUCGGAACAGGACAUAGGAGUGCCAGUGCCAGGCUAUCCCAAACAUACACACUUGUUUUUUUUGUUUUUUUUUCUCUACCCAUGUCUUUCUGUCCCUUCCGUAUACUGAGCUGACUGGAUGCGCAACCUCCCGAGUGUCUGUAACCACUGACACUUCCGUGGAAGAGCCUGGACAUUUUGUCAUCAGGUGCUUAAAGCUAAGAACGAAAGGGGAGAGGUGCGUGCAUUGUGACCAUAGCAGUAGUGGUGGUGGUGUUGGUGGGCGGCAGUAACCAAGCUGCCCCCACCUCAGUGCUCUUGGGAAGCAUUCUGUAUUGUCCCCAGUGCUGUGGCCAAACGGAAUUCAUGCUGCUAGACAAACAGAAGACAAGGUGGAACUUGCUGUGACGUUUUAGUCCCAGACUGAAUUCCAAAAAUUGACUCUGUGUAGUUUGGACGGAGGAAGAAAAAAAAAAAUGAUGCGCAAUGGAAAUUACAAUGGAUAUUUUUUGUGUUGGUUUUUUUUUUUUGCCACUGAAACUUGAGCCAAAUGUGCCUCAGCGAGGCUGAGAAGAGGGAGAGUGAUAAGCAGACAAAGACAGUUUUGCUUGAGGAGACAGGAUAUUGUUGACAAGAGCAAAUUAAUGUGUGUAUGUGUGCGCGCAUCUGUGUGUGUGUGUGUGUGUGUGUGUGUGUGUGUGUGUGUGUGUGUGUGCACGUGUGUAUGUGUGGUCUUGGAAAAUUGUAAACACAUUCCUUUGGACAAAGCUCUGUUGGCCUGUAUUCUCUCAAAAUGAAAGUUUGCCGGGGAUGUUCAUGUAGCUGUCUUUGAGCUUGAUGUCUGUGUUUCGUACAACUCGAAUGUUUCUUGCAACAGAUUUCAGAGGCAUCACCUUUAAAUCAACUGACAGGUCGUAUGGUGACAAGCAGAGUCUUUUUGUAAUAGUUACAGCACCAGAGCUCCUUGUAGUCUCUGAACAAGAAGAUGGGACUCGAAACAGCUGCGCAGGCUGAUGAAUUUGAAGGUGGACAUAGCCAAACGAUUAGUCUCAUUCUCAGUCACACAACCCAAGCUGAACUGUGAAAGUGGUAUAACACUGUAUAUUAUAAAACAAUCAUGGUCUCUCUCUCUCUCUCUCUCUCUCUCUCUCUCUCUCUCUCUCUCUUAUCUGUUUUUCAUUUUUCUUUUGGAUUUAAUUUAUGAUCUGGUUUUAAAAAAUCAGAUGUUGGAGGUGUUGUUAUUUUUCCUUCAGUUCAUGUAACUGCCUGGCGUAACAGACAGGAAAAAAAAAAACUUAAAGGGAUUGUGUAUUGUUUAUUCACUUAGAAUUUUUAUUUUCUUAUAACUUAAGUGCAAUAAAAUGUGUUCUUUCUUUUUCAUUUCAAGCCUUUUGUUUGUGUGUGCUUGUCAGUCUGGAUGUGUCAUUUGUGUUCAAUAAAGCUUCAACUAUU